UUGUAGCCAACUUUAUUAAUAAAGAAAUAAAACAAGUUCAAAAGUUAAAAAAAUAUUUAUUUGUUAAAGUUUUUGUAUAUUUUUACCAGUAGCUAACUUUUUUUUAUGAUUGGUAUUUACUCAAGUCAAGUUUGUAUGUUUUUAUAUUAUUUCUUGUUUCCCUCACUCACCACAUUUAAUUGAGCUAACUUUCGGGAUGUGACGUAGUGGAAUUUACAUGUAAAGAAAACAAAACAACACUGAGUAGAAACUGUGGAACACACUAUGUUGUUUCAUAUGGAAAACUGUAUGUUUUUAUAAACUUUGUCCAGUGGUAGCUAUUUGUGGUGUUCCGAAUAAAAUUAUUUGGGUCACUCAUGCUAAAUCAUAACAUCCCUUCAUCUCAGUUAAAAUACUUUUUUAUUAAUUUCUUUCUAAAUAAUCUAUUAUGGGUCACAACUAUCAAAUCAUGCCUAAGAAUCAAUUUUUACUCUAUUUUAUUGAAAAGGCUUUUAUAGCAAACUUUGUUGCCACCUGAUCUGCUCAGCUGCAGCAUUCAAACUCUGGAACGGUGAGGAAAACAACAACAACAACAAACACGUGUUUGCCAGCUUACAGCAGUAGGUAUUUUUAGUAACAAGGACAGGUUGUUUUAAGUUUUAGUAUUGAAGUUUUGUCUUCUAAAUUGGUUUUAAGAUGAUUAAUACAGUGCAACUAGUUGUGCAGGGAGUGAAUUGAAUAAAAGAAGACUAUGUUAUUUAUACUCAGUUGUGAAAAGUCAUAUAUCGUUGGGCUGCUCAUUUUGACAAGUUUAAACGGACAAACUUUUUUGAGACAGAAGUUUAUAACUUUAGGUGCAAUUCAUAUAUUGUGCGCUCUGAAAGUAUUUGUUUUUUUGUCAUUUUUUUGACAAAAUUACGCUGAUGCUGAAUGUAUAAGAAAAGGUUGGACAUUGAUUUAGCGUUAUUUUUACAGUGCUAAUAUUUCUCAAAUUGUUGUGAAAAAACAGUAUAUAUAUGUACAAUACAAUUUUUUGCAAAUAUAGACAUUACUGAUUUAGAUAUUACUAAAAAUAUGACUGGAAAAUAUGGAAAGAGAAGACUUUCGCCUGAGAAAGUGGCUGAGGCUUAUAUCAGGGCUGGCUGUGAUCAAAUGGGUUUACAGAAAAAAUGGAUCAAUGAGAUUAAAGGUUAUGGUGUAAUAUCAACAACUGAUAUAAUGAAAGGAGGAUUCAUGGUCAUCAUUUAGAAUGGAAACACAUGCAGCAGAAAAUGAAAACUUAUUCUGUAAAAGAACGUUCAUAUAUAUUUGAAUAUGAAGUUAAUAAUAAAAAAUACUGCAUAGAUGCAAGUAAAGACGAUGGAACUUUGGGUCGGUUUGUUAAUGACUCAUUUUAUUAUCCCAAUGCCAUAAUGAAGCGGUUAGUCAUCGAACGUUCCCAUCACUUGUGUUUGUUUGCAUUGGAAAAUAUCAAUUCUGGAAGUGAGAUAGUUUAUUCCUACGGUGAAAAAGAUUUGCCAUGGCAUAAAAAUGAGCAGGCAAGGAAAUUAGCUGAAAGAAAACAAAGCAUUCUACCCAACAAUAAAGAACAAAGAAAAAAAAGAAAAUGUAAUAACCUUCAGGAAAAAUUACCAGAGAUUAUAUCAGAAAAAAAACUGGAUGACAACUGGAAAAGCAAUGCAACUCUUGAAAAUGUAGACUUUGAAGUAAACCACAUAGGAUCAGAUAUUGUUCAUAUUGAAUGCAACCCUAAUCAUGGGAGUGAGAGUACUUCAAGUUUAGCUCCAAACAAGAAGGAUAAUGAUGAUGACAACACACAAGUUAUUGCAGAUACGAGAGAUACCAUUGAUUGCCAAAAUGGGAGUGAGAGUACUCCAAGUUUAGCUCCAAACAAGAAGGAUAAUGAUGAUGACAACACGCAAGUUAUUGCAGAUACGAGAGAUACCAUUGACUGCCAAAAUGGGAGUGAGAGUACUCCAAGUUUAGCUCCAAACAAGAAGGAUAAUGAUGAUGACAACACGCAAGUUAUUGCAGAUACGAGAGAUACCAUUGACUGCCAAAAUGGAAGUGAGAGUACUCCAAGUUUACGUUUGAACAAGAAGGAUAAUGAUGAUGACAACAUGCAACUUAUUGCAGAUACGAGAGAUACCAUUGACUGCCAGAAACAAUGUGUCAACUGCUUAACAUUAUGUACAGACCUGCACCAUUGCACCUAUAUUUCAUGUUCUGAUCGUCAUUUAAUGUACUGUCAAUUUUGCUUUGAUGAUCAUGUGUGCAAAAAGAUUAUUAUAUCACCAAGUUCAACUCCAAGGGAAAAAGAUAAUGAUGAUGACAAAAUACAAGUUUAUGCAGAUACUAGCCAUACCAAUGAAUGUCAAAAAAACAAUUGUGUACAGUUUGUUUCAAAAAGAAGAAAAAAAGAAAGUCAGAAUAAUUGUGAGGAGUUUGUUGUCAAAAGUGAAAAAGAAAAAGUUCAGGAUGAAAUGCUGUUCAAAAACUUGAUCCAAGAAAUGAGAACAGGAAAGCCGCGGGAGGCUAAAAAGAUAUUCUCAAGCUGGAUGACCAAAAAAAGGUUCACAACAAGAACUGUUGAUUGUCCAUUUUGUGGAAAACCACAAUCCAAUUUAAAGUCUCAUGUGAUUCGUGUUCAUAAUUUAGAUCCUAGUAACGCUAAAGCUCUCAGAAGCCAAACUAAAGAUCUAGGUAAAAACAAAGUACAAAAGAAGCGUGUGCAUCCUAAAAAGGUGUGCCCUGUCGCAACCUGCGGAAAAGUUGUCACAAGAAUACACAAUCACCUUAAAGAUACACAUCAGAUUACCGAUGUGAUUCUAUACAGGAAACUUUUACAAAGAGCAGAGACAUAUGUGGAACUUCAAUCAGAGGAAUCAGAGGUUUUAUCGGAGUCUGAAUCAGACGAUGAAGCCGUUUUAAUGAAGAAAAUUUUAAAGCGUGGUGGUUAUAAACACUUGAAAAGGGUUCGCGAUGUUCCGGUUGAUUCUGAAGAUAGUAGUGACGAUGAUUGGCUUGCAGUUAAAUCAUUCAAAAUGUUCGGACCAACAAGUGCUCAAAAUGUAGUUGUAACAGAUGGUAUGGGCAAUCCAGAGUAUCCUGUUAGAAAAGUCCCCUCUUGCGACAAAACUAUGAAAAAUAAAGAAUAUCAAGAAGAAAACGUCACCCAACAACAUUCACCUCUUGUUCAAAAUGUGACUACAAUAGAUCCUGAAAUCACGAUUGGUCAGAUUGUAGAUACAGAAAAAAGUACCAUCCGACAGUCUUUACCGAUUGCUGAAAAUGUGAUUGGCUGUGCCACCACAAAAAGUGACCGUGGUUGUAAUAGUGAGGAUGAGAUUUUCGAUAAUGCCAAAAACGAAGAACGUGAGAGUGAUGAUGGUGAUACCGCAGAUGUAGAAGAUGAAAAUCUAGAGACGUUGAUAACUCCAUGGAAAUCAUCCCCAAUUCUAGAAACAUUUUUUCAGUGGCUAAUAAGCCCUGAUGCUAAAGCAAAGCCUGCACGCCAGGCUGAACAGCAUGUAAAACAAGUAAUGGUAAUACUCAAAGCAUGUAGCGACAACACGUUCGAAUUUCAACACUUGUUUGAUAGGAAAUGUGUCCGUGAUAAGUGGCUGGUUCCUUUUGAAAAUACUGAUCGACUCCCAGCCACAGUAAAGGCUUACGUAACUUCGUUGCGAUGUUUUUACAUGUUUGUAGUCCAUGAUGAACCUGAAGCUUUGAAAGAAUAUGUCCACAAAUGUGCGAGCCUUAAUGUAACGUGUACAGACUGGAUUGCCCUAUAUCGCAAAAAACAAAAGAAAGGUCGGUGGAAAAAAGAUUUGGAGCAAUUAACACAAUUGUUCAAUGCGUCUGAUAUGAAGCAGCUUGACGAGUCUGAGAUUGUUGCGUUCUGUAAAGAAACUCUAAAAUCUGUCCGUUUUAAGGAGAUUGCUCCUAGCUUGAGACAGUUUAGCAAUGUCAGGGACUACAUCCUAUUAUACCUGUGUUUUGACAAUGCUUCUAGAACUGGUGCUCUCGCUAACAUGACUCUGAGAGAAUUCAAUUCUUCCAGUUUCAUAGAUGGGUCGUAUCGGAUCAAUGUUUUUGACCAUAAAACUGUCACUACUUCUGGUCCCGCAUGCAUAGUUGUAACUUAUGACUUGUACCUGGACAUGUGCACCUACGUCCAAAAAAUACGAAAUAAACUAGAUGGUAUUGAUGCUGGUAAAAAUUCGAAUGUGUUCGUAAGUUGGAGUGGAAGCAAAAUGUCUUCUUCAAUGGUUACCGCACAAAUUAAUUCGUUUUGGGGCAAGGCGGUAGGACACACUGAAAACCGACCACGUGUGAGCGCUAAUUUAGUCCGUAAAUCAGCGGUGUCGAAAGUUCAUAGUACGAGAAAGGAUAUGAAAGAAGAUUUAGCAAAUUUAAUGUGCCAUUCAGUCACAACAGCUGGGCGCAUAUAUUAUCUUCAAAAUAAAACAAAAAAGGCAGGAGAAACAAGUGCUGCCCUUCGUGACUUGCUACGACAGCAAGAUCCCGAAGAUGAUCUUGAAGAUUCCAUCAGGAAUCAUUUUCAUGAGGAUAUUAAAAAAGGAAAAAUCACUCUGAUGAUUGUGCGAGAGAAAAAGAGCCUGAGUCCUGCUUUUGAGAAUAUCAGUGACAUCUGUCUACGAGAUAAAGUCAGAUAUGUAAUCAGCAAAGAUAUGGCCAGUCAGUUUGAAUCUAAUGUAGCUGAAAGUGAUACAGACGAAAGUGAUGAGGAAAACAGCACCGAACUGCCACAAUGGAAGACAAAAGGUAGAAAGGAACGAGUCGUGUUCACAAAUCAUGAAAUCACACGCAUUUACCUUCAUUUCCAGCCUCUAAUAACCGCUGAUCGUUCGCUAAAAAUUCGAAUGAAAGAAUUCAAAUCACUUGUUGAAAAACGCGAAAUCGAAGAUAUUCUCAUUAAGUACGGUGAAGAGACACUUUUAUCAAAAGUUAGAACGGAAAGAAAAAAUUUCCUGCAAAAUAAAAAGAGAAAAAGCGGCACUUUCAAAGAUUAAUGCGUUAAUGCUUGACUUUUUUGUAAUAUAUUUUUUUGUUUUCACACACAUCUGUUUAUUUUAGGAGAAGCCUUAAUGUAAGGAUUAUUGACGCUACUUUUUGUUUAUGUAAUGUUUUUUCCCCCAAGUUUUCAUUUAUUAUUUUUCUUGAAAGCUGUAGAGAAAACAAAACUUCCCUUGUUCGAACCAUUGUCGUUCUAUUGUCGAGGAUAGGAUACAGACGUUUUUACUAACUGUGCUCGUGUAUUACAUUUUAAACGCUAUUUCGUUAUUAAUUGGACGUAAAACUAAGAUGUUUUCACGUUAUGAAGAAAACGCAAGAUGUUUCGUUUCCCAAGUAUUUUAUGCGAUUUUUAUUUUGUGUUUAAAUAUGCAUUCUUUCCAAUUUCUUAAACAAAAUGUGUUUAUUUUAAAGAAAUAAAUAUUUCAUUUGUUUGA